AAAAUACCAACAAUUACCACGUAAUUUCGUGGCACGUUUAGUACAAAAAAAUGCACCAGUGCGAGUUACCGUUUCGCGCGCGCGUUGAAAUCUCCAGUUCAAAGAAUAACCGGUACGUUUGACAUCGCCGCCGGCCGUUUCAUGAAAUCGAACGGUCUUCUUUCAGUCGCUUCUGUUCAAUUUCACCAUUUCUGUUGGUGUCGGUCGACGAGCACAAUCGAGUGAGAAUCAGCUGUGAUAGAACCGGUAUAUUCGAUAUCUCGUAAAGUUGCGAUUUUUCCACGACUAGCCGUUCCUAGGACACGAAAUUAUUAUCAACAUAUCGAAGAUGUCUUGCUCAGUACCAGCGGCUCCGGCUCCCCCGUCCCUGAAGGACCUUCCCAAAGUGGCCGACGAUCUCAAGACCGAAUUGGAGCACUUCAAGGCGAGCAAUUUGAAAAACGCUGACACCCAAGAGAAAGUCAUCCUGCCAUCUGCGGAAGAUGUAGCGCAAGAGCGCAAUCACAACGCCCUUAUGGACGGCGUGGAAAAUUUCCAAGCUUCCUCCCUCAAACGCACCGACACCAAAGAGAAGAUCGUUUUACCUAACGCCCAAGAUGUGGCCGCGGAGAAGACGGAAAAGGCCUUGAUCGAAGGCAUCGAACGUUUCGAUACCAGCAAAUUGAAGCACACCUUAACGCAGGAAAAGAACCCUUUACCAGACAAAGAAGCUGUGCAGCAAGAGAAAACCCACCAAACACUCUUGAACGGCGUCGAGCAAUUCGACAAAGCGACCAUGAAGCACACGGAAACCGCCGAGAAAGUCGUCCUUCCCGACAAGGAAGCAAUUGAGGCAGAAAAGGGCCAAAGAAAACUGAUCUCGGGCAUCGAGAAUUUCGAUAGUACCAAAUUGAAACACGCCGAGACUUUAGAGAAGAACCCGCUGCCCACGAAGGAGACCAUCGCCCAGGAGAAGAGCGCCUAAAAAUGCUCCCAGGGGCUCGAACGAAACGCCAACACUUUUGUAUUAUUUUAUACUUUUAUAUAAUAUUUGAUAUCUAUUUAUAAUGUAAGAUAACUACGUAAGGAGCGAUACGCGGAGAAUUUUUUGCUGCGAAACGGAUAUCGUUUUGUUUCCAAUCGCGUUUUCUUUGGGACUUUGUUAUUUCGCGAAAAAUUCGAGCUUUUAUACUUCUGGAUAUUCAAUAUAUUGUAUUCAUUUCAUACUUAUGUUUAAAUUUUUGAAUAGAUCUAGAUUUAUGAAAGUAUUUCAUUUGCAUGAUAUAAAAAAGGUGCUUCAAUAAAUCAAUUUAAAAUUGC